AUGAUAGAUCCACCGCUAGAAAAAGCUCGACGAAUGUUCCACAUUGAAAAUCGUACUGUUGUUAAUUGUAUAUCCGAAUUCUAUGGUACCCUACUGCUACUGUUUAUUGGUAUCUGUAUAGUCCACCAAUACGAUUUGUCGCAUAAACAAUUGAAUACAUGGAUGCAGAUCAAUAUUGGAUGGGGAUUAGCGAUCAUGCUUUGUGUGUAUACCUGUUCGAAAACAUCAGGAGGACAUUUGAAUCCAGCAAUCUCGCUAACGUUUUACACGCUUGGAAAAUUGCCUCUUUCACAUGUCUUCUACUAUACUAUCGCGCAAGUUCUUGGCGCUUUUGUCGGUACAGCGCUUGCAUAUAGCCUUUAUCUAGAUCAAACGUAUCAUGUUGUCGGUGAUCUUCGCAUUGCAGCAGGUCCAAAUGGUACAGGAGGAUUGUUCACUUCAAUGCCCGCACCUCAUGUCUCAAAUGCGAUCGCAUUCUGGGAUCAAAUGGUUGGUACAGGAUUUUUGGCACUAUUUGCAUGUAUGAUCACAGACAAACGUUUGGAAAUUCCAGCAAGUAUUCAUCCGAUUCUUUUUGGAUUACUUGUUGCAAUGAUUGGUAUGGCAUGUGGAAUGAAUCUUGGAUAUCCCAUUAAUCCUGCUCGAGAUUUUGCGCCACGUGUUUUUGCUGCCAUGAUCGGAUAUGGUUGGGAUAUGUUUAGCUAUCAUAAUUACUAUUUCUGGAUUCCAAUAUUGGCACCGUUUGUUGGAGCAAUUGCUGCAGCUUGGUCAUAUUUCAUCUUCGUUGGUUUCCAAAUUCCGGAUCAGCCACCAAGUUAUAUGAAAGAAAAUAAGACGGACGGUGAUGGUAUUCCAUUAAAAACAACGUAUGGUGACUUUUAUUUUUUUGGCGUGUUUUUAUAA